GCUACAGCCUGCCAGCGCCUUCACCGAGCUAAUCGCGGCCGUACCGGAGAUCUGCGAUCGAGCCUUGUGAACCUCAACCAACCAACCAUCCAACCGACUUGGUGUCUUACAUAUGUACCGAGCCGGAGACUUUUUUUGGCGCGCCGAUAUGUGGCGCCGUAGAGUGUGUAAGCCUAAAUUACGGGCGUCGUUCGGACACGGGCAUUCGGCGACCGGGGCAAGGGUGUGGACAUGUCCGACUCGGCGCACUUACAUAUUGGAAUCUUUGCACGCUGGUGCUCCGAAUUCAAACUCCGAUCAGUGCUGGUGGACGAGGGUCCGCGUUAUCUGGUCGGUUAUAUCAGUCCACGGGCAUCAGUCUUGCAUGGAAGACCUCCAUGAUAUUGAGUGAAAAACGUGUCUUUGCCCUCCGAUGUCCGAGGCCGUGGAGUCUCUUCGACCCUGGGGGUG